AUGAGUGAAGAAUUCCCGCCACUAGCGGCUCUUCCAAGCCUCACUUUGCACCCAUCUGUGAAGCCAGAACAUCUCAAUGCGGCCAAAAUUGUGGAUGAUUGGCUUUUGUCUUUCAUGAAAAGUCUAAAAGACAGCUGUGUGGGCGACAUGCUUGAACAUUUUCUCGAAGAGGAGUCGUGGUGGAGAGAUUUCGUUUCUCUCACAUGGGAUAUCGCGUGUCAUAAUGGAUCUGUAGCCAUAUGCAAAUAUCUUAGCACCUCCACAUCUGGGUUCACAGAGGCUAAAGCAGAACAGCUAGGCGCACUGCAGCCACACUUGGAAAAUUUAGGAGGACUGAGGUUCAUUCAAUCCGGGUUUACUUUCAAGACCAAUUUUGGCACCGGGAGAGGUGUUCUUAGGCUGGCCAAUGUUGGGGUAGACCAGUGGAAGGCAUGGACGGUAUUCACAGUGCUUGAGAAUUUGAAUGAGGAGGAAUACCUUGAGCUACGAAAGACAAAGGAGUCGGAAAUAAAGCGCAGUGUUUCCGACGAUGAUCUGCAAGUCUUGGUAGUUGGAGCAGGUGCGAACGCAAAAAAAUUCAUUAGUCGACGCAAACAGUUAACCCCGCUACUAGGUCAAUCUGGACUUGCAAUUGCAGCGCAUUUGCAAGAGCUAGGCAUCAAGUAUCUUGUCGUGGACAAAGCGUCUAAACCUGGUGACUCCUGGCGAGCAAGAUAUGAAUCGAUCAAAUUGCACACGCCUAUAUAUUCGGAUCACUACCCAUUCAUGAAGUACCCGACCAACUGGCCCCGCUACCUUGACCAGGAACAUAUUGCAAAAUGGAUGGAGCACUACGGACAUGUGAUGGCUCUCAAUAUCAGGCAUGAUACCCUCGCGAGGAAGAUCGAGUACAAUGAAUCGAUGCAACGGUGGUCAAUUGAGUUACAGAGCAAGGAUGGCACGAAGACUAUCAUUCCUAAGCACGUUGUGCUAGCCACCGGGCUAUUGAGCGAUUUCCCUGUUCGCCCCACGUUCUCUGGUGAAGAUAUAUUUAACGGCAAGGUCUAUCACACAGUGGCACAUAAAUCGGCAGCUUUGGUACCGGAAUUACGAAGCAAGAAAAUCGCAAUCAUCGGAUCUGGGACCAGUGCGCAUGAUGUAGCCCAGGACUUCGUCAACCAUGGGGCUGAGACUGUAACAAUGGUGCAACGUGGCCCCAUUUAUGUGGUAUCUCUUGGUUCGCUGGAAGAUAUGCAGCUUCGGCUGUGGAACACUCCAGGAUUAAGCACUGAGGAUGCUGAUCUUUUGGGUAACUCCCUGCCAACGGCUGUUGUUCGUACUCUGAGUGUGGGAGCGUCCCAAAUGAUGUCGGCAAAUGACGAAGUCAUGUUAGAUGGGCUGGAAAAGGCUGGACUGGCAUUGAAAAGGGGAAAUGAAGGAGAUAGUCUGGUCGAUUAUCAGCUCAUCAAGGCAGGUCAUUUCUAUAUUGACCAAGGUGCAUGUCAAAUGAUCAUCGACGGUCGGAUCCAGGUACGGAGAUGUGAACAAGGCGUCCAGGAGUAUUACUCAGACGGGAUCAUUCUCGGUGACGGUACCAAGAUCGAGUCCGACAUUGUCGUUUUAGCAACGGGUUUCGAACGUAAUAUCAAGCAGGUUGAGGCGCUCAUGGGGAAUGAGGUGAUGGAUAAGGUCGGAGAUCUCUGCGGUUUGGAUGACAGCCAAGAAAGAAUCGGUGUGUGGAGACCGACCGGUAUGCCGGGUUUCUGGUUCAUGACCGGUAGCUUUAUGUGGUCGAGGCAGUUUGCUCCAAUCCUCGCUCUGCAGAUUGCUGCCGUAGAGCGAGGGCUGCAAAAUUAUCACACCUCGCUAUAG